AAACAAUAUCAGAAAAGAAUAUACAACCUCAGAUCAUAUGGAAAUUGGACAAUCCCAAAAGGAAAUACUUUCCAACAUCUAUUACCAACCGAAUAAUCCAGCAGGUUUCGCUUCUUCAUUAAAACUUUUCAAUGCGGCUAAGAAAGAGAUUCCUAGUCUUACACAUGAGCAAGUUAAGAGAUGGUUAAAAAGCCAACUCACGUACACUCUACAUGCUCAAGCUAGAAGAAAGUUCGUAAGAAACCCUAUUAUCGUUAGUAAAAUAGAUGAACAAUGGGAGGCUGAUCUUGUUGAAAUGCAAGAAUUUUCGCGCCAGAAUAACGGCCAGAAAUAUAUUUUAACAGUGAUUGACUGUUUCAGUAAAUAUGCUUGGGCACGUGCACUUCCAAAUAAAUCAGCAAAGUCCGUUACUGAUGCUUUCAAAGAGAUUCUUUCUACAAGGUCUCCUGAUUCUUUACGAACUGAUAAGGGAAAGGAAUUCAUCAACAAAACAUUUCAAGAUCUUCUUUCAUCAAAAAACAUAAGGUAUUAUUCAUCAAACAAUCCAGAUAUUAAAUGUGCUAUAGUUGAAAGAUUCAAUAGAACUUUAAAAACCCGGAUGUUUCGGUAUUUCACUUCAAAAGGGACAAGAAAAUUUAUUGAUGUACUGCAGCAGUUGAUAAUUGCUUAUAACGGAAGUUUACAUAGAUCAAUUGGGGUUGCACCAAAAGAUGUGGAUGAUGAAAAUUCGGCUUCUAUUUUUAAAAAGCUUUAUGGAAAAACAUCAUUACGGGAAAUUUAUCAAAAAACACCCACAACACACAAGAUUAAAAUUGGUGAUGAAGUACGGAUGAAAUAUAAGAUAGGCCCUUUUGAAAAAGGAUUCUAUCCAAAUUGGACUGAUCAUGUAUAUAAAAUUUCUGCAAUAGAUAAAGCAAGUAAAAAACCAAUUUUCACACUUGAUGGUUAUGAUGGGACGAAAAUAGAGAAUAGAAAGUUUUAUGAAGAAGAACUACAAAAGGUUUAUGCAGAGGUACAUCGUAUUGAGAAAAUAUUAAAAAGACGAAUAUAUAAAGGAAAGCCCCAAUACUUUGUUAAAUGGUUAGGAUAUCCCUCAAGUUACAAUUCAUGGAUAGAUGCAACAGCGAUAACAACAAUAUCACAAUAAUGAAUGCUGAAAU